AUGGAUUGGGGACGACCAACCUCAGUUACUGAGAUAAGGAGUUUUCUGGGCUUAGUUGGCUACUAUCGGAAAUUCAUCAAAGGUUUCUCGCAGAUAGCUCUGCCGUUAAAAAAGUUAACACGCAAGGAUGUGCCAUUUGUUUGGACUUCUGAGUGUGAAGAGAGCUUUCAAGCGUUGAAGCAAAAGCUGACUACCGCGCCUGUGCUGGUGUUACCUGAGCCGAAUGAACCACUUGAGAAAGAUCUUAAUAUGCGGCAAAGAAGGUGGAUGGAGUUACUGAAGGACUACGACUUUGAGUUGAAUUACCAUCCUGGGAAAGCGAAUGUUGUGGCGGAUGCGCUAAGUCGAAUGUCGUCGUAUGUUGCUCGGAUGAUGCUUCGAGAAGAGGAGUUGCUCAAGGCAUUCGAGAGUCUAAAGAUCGAUGUUUAA